AUGCCUCCAUAUUUUGUUAGACCCGAAAACGUUUUGAAGCGUUGCGAGGAGCUCAUUGCUAUUGGCCAAUCUGAGGCUGCUUUAGGUGAUUUGAAAGAUUUUUUGACCUCAAGUAGAACUCGUCAUGUUGCUGCUCCUACCUUAGAACCAGUUGCCUCUUUAUUUGUUGAAUUAGCUGUCAAACUUAGUAAAGGAAAAGUUGCCAAAGAUGGUUUGUACUCCUAUAAAAAAUUGGUUCAGUCUACUCCAGCUGGUUUGAUUUCCUUAGAAAAUAUUUGCAAAAAAUUUAUUGAUUUAUCAGAAGUUCAAUUAAACAAUGCCCAAAAACAAGCUGACAAAAGAAUGCUUGAUAACGUUGAAGAUGAUUUAGAAGCUGCUGUCUCGCCUGAAGACAUCCUUAUGUCUGCUGUUUCUAAUGAUCAAUCAUCUGACAGGUUAGAUAGAGAAUUAGUAGCUCCCUGGUUAAGAUUUGUUUGGGAAGCCUAUAGAACCGUCUUGGAUAUAUUAAGAAGUAACGCUAAAUUAGAAAUCACUUAUUCUGCUGUUGUUAGAAAAACUUUUAUUUUUUGUCUUGAUUACAAAAGAAAAACCGAAUUUAGAAAAUUAUGCGAAAUUUUAAGAAGCCAUAUUCAAAAUCUUUACAAUUAUAAAUCAACUACUUCAUAUGGGAUUAAUUUAUCUGAUCCUGAUACUUUACAAAGAAAUCUAGACUUAAGAUUCAGACAAUUGAAAGUCGCCGUUACUUUAGAAUUAUGGCAAGAAUCCUUUAGAUCUGUUGAAGAUGUUCAUACCUUAAUUGUUUCAUCAAACAGAGCUGCAAAACCUCAAAUGAUGUUGGAAUAUUUUGAAAGUUUAGCUAAAAUCUUUAAAGUUUCCGGUAACUAUUUACAUCAUUCAGCUGCUUGGCUUAAUUAUUUCAAUCUUUAUUCAACUUCUCCAAUGGCAACCGAAGAAACUUUAAAAGUAUAUGCCUCAGUUUUCCUUUUAUCAGCUUUGUCCAUUCCUGAAGAACCUUCCACUGAUGUGUAUGAAUCAAAUGAUUUUAAAAAUAAAAACUCCAAAUUAUCUUAUUUAUUAAAUUCAUCAAAACCAAUUACUCGAGAAAUAAUUUUGAAAUCUGCUCAAAAUCAUAAUAUUUUAUCUUAUGCUGCUGAUGAUGUUAAAGAAUUGUUUUUCUUCUUACAAAAAUCAUUUCAUCCUUUACAUUAUAAAAAAAGUUUAACUAAUAUUUUUACUUCAUUAGAGAAAAACUCUGAUUAUAAACCAUAUAUUACUUCAUUAAUUAAAGUUUCUAACAUUAAAUUAUUUCAACAAAUUUCUCAAGUUUAUGAUACUGUUAAACUAGAUUUUUUAAUCUCUUUAGCAAGCUUUGAAAAUACACCAUUUGAAGUAUCUCCAUUUGAAAUAGAAGACUCUCUAGUAAAUUCAAGCAAAAAUGGAUCUUUAACUUCUUUAAGAAUCAAUCAUGAUUCGCAAGUUGUAACUUUUGCAAAUGAUCCGUUUGAAGAAAGAAAUAGUUUAAAUGUUUUAAAUGCCACCAACUCUGAAAUUUCUUUGCAAUUAACACCUCCAGAAUUAGUUCGUUCUCAAUUGUCUGUUUUAGCAAAAUCUUUAUCAAGGGUAUUAAUUAACGUCGAUCCAAGUAUUAAGAAAAACCAAGAAAUAAAAUUACAAAAUGCUAUCAAUUCUGCUUCUAAAGGUGUUAUUGCCGAACAAAAGGAACUUGAAAAGAGAAAACAAUUAUUAGAAGAGAGAAAGGAAAAAGCUGAAGCUGAAAGAAGAGAAAAAGAAGAAGAAGCGUUAAGAUUGAAACUUGCUGCCGAACAGGCCGCUAAAGAAGCUGAAAAAGAAAGAGUUCUUGCUGAAACCAAAAGAAGAAAAUUGGAAAGAAUUGAGCGUGAAGAAAGUGCUAUUAGAGAAAGAGAGAAAAAGAAAUUGGCUGAAGAAAUUAAUGCAAAAGGUAUUAUUAAAGUUGAUGUUGAUAAGCUAGACGAUCUUGAUUCUGAUAAAUUAAGAAUCAUGCAAAUUGAACAAUUAGCAAAGGAAAAGAAACAAAUGGAAGAUAGAUUGAAAGCCUUUGGUAGAAGAUUGGAUCAUCUUGAAAGAGCGUAUAGAAGAUAUGAAUUACCAUUAUUAGAAAAAGAUGAAGAACUUCAAAAGCAAAAAGACUUGGAUAAUUAUAAUUUAAUGAAAGAAAAAACUAUUAGCCAUGCUAGAAAAGAAUAUGAAAUGGCUGUUGAAUUAAAAAGUAGACUAAAUAGAAUUGUUCCUGACUAUAUUAGUUAUAGCAAUUCUAUUAAAAAAGAGAAGAAUGAAUAUUUCGAGAAGUGUCGUAUUGAGGCAGAAAAACAAUUAAAGGCAGAAAAACAUGCUAGGUUUGAAAGUGUAAAGGCUGAAAGAAUUGCUGCAUACAAACAUAAAUUAGAACAAGAAAGAAAGGCUAGACUUGCUAAGGAAGCUGAGGAAAAAGCAAGAGCUGAAGAAAGGGCUAAAGCUGAAGAAAGAACAAGAGCCGAAGAAAGAGCAAGAGCCGAAGAAAGAGCAAGAGCCGAAGAAAGAGCAAGAGUUGAGGAAGAGAAAUCUCGUAAAUCUAUUUCUGAACUUUCAUUUUCUGAGAAAAUGAAACUUAAAAGAUUACAACAGUUAUCGGCCAAUUCCGGGUCUAUUUCAAAUGAGGUUAUUGCUACCACUGUUACUGCUGCCACUAACUCUAGAAUUUCAACUACAUCUAAUGUUUCCUCUUCAAUUUCAACUUCAACUUAUAGACCAACCUUUUCUUCAAGAGUUUCUACAACUUCUUCACCCCCAGUGUCUUCACCUCCACCUUCUUCAUCUCCAACUCCUGCACCAGAAAAAAAAAUGACUUAUUCACAAAGAAUGAGAUUGAAAAGAGCUGGAAGAUAAAUAAAAAUUUACAAAGUAUUUCUUUAGAUCUUAAAUUUACGUUUUUACUUUUUCUAAUCGU